AUUUCAGGUUAUUGUGACCUUUGUGGGAACUACAGACAGAACUAUGAGCCGCUUUCGGAAUGAUGGAGUCCUGGCGAUCGAGGGCUGGAGAGGCCAUGGUCUAUAGCCGGCGGGAAUAAUGAGACAUGGUUCAAAAACCGGGCCGUCUUCGUCACUACAGGACGAUGACAGCCAUCUGCUUUGUGUGCAACCUGCCGAUCCUGUCGCACCAGGUCGGGCUGGUAUGGCAAGGCGGGAACGGCUGGGACGACCUCAUGCGGGAGCAGCUGGAGGAGUCGACCCUCCGGCAGCGGCUGGGCGCGGGUCGUCGGGACUCGGCCGCCCAGAUCACCUCCAUCUCGCCGCCGCUGGAGACCCAGGAGACCUCCCCACCGGCGCUCACCCGUCGCCGACGUAGCUCCCUGGCUCAGCUCACCGACAUCUUCCGCGACUGGGGCGGCUCCGGCUCGGCCAAGGGCCGCGGGAAGGCCCUCACCCGCGGCGAGACCCUCGCCGACCUCGCGCGCUCCCUCCCGUGGGGCGGCGGCAACCAGGACUCGGUGAAGAAGCGACGAGAGAGCUCCGCCGACUCGGGGGUCAAGAGCAGCUCGACCAAGUCCCGCCGCGAGUCGAGCGUCGUCUCCGAUUUCCGCUCGGAUUUGGCCAAGUUGUGGUCCUCGCGCCGCGUGUCCACCGUCAUCGUCCCGACGGUGAGGCGGGGGUCGGGAGAGUCGGGGCACUCGGACCGACGGGACUCCCUGGUGACCUCGCGACGGGGGUCUGGUGAAAGCGCCAAGAGCGGCCGCCGCGACUCCACCACCGACCGAACCGGCGAGCACCGGCAUCACCAUCAUCAUCACCAUCGCCGACACUCUCGGCAUUGCUCAAAACGGCGGGAGUCGAAGGCGGAGGCGCUGAAGUCGCACCGGGAGGACUCGAAAGAGUCCUCGGCGGCUCUGCCGGUGGUGACGACGACGGUGACGAAGGUGGACGACUCGACGCAGGCGCUGCCCCCGCCGACGAUCAUCACGUCCUCGGUGACCCCGCCGCCGACCUCGCCGAUCGCCCCGCCGACCUCGAUCGUCAUCCCGACCCCGGUCCUCGCCGGGACCCCCGUCCCCGCCACCACCACCGCCUCCGGCACCGUGGCCACCACCACCUCCGCCGGCUCCGCCGCCAACACUUUCACCCCCGUCGUCACGCCCUCCGCCACCACCCCGACCCACCCUCUCGUCACCACCAGGCGAGACUCCACCACACAGGUCUACACGAAAAAUAGGCGGGACUCCCGCGUGCACGCAUCGCCGGAGCGACACGCGACGAAAGAGGGCAGCAAGUACGCGCGCCUGACCCGACAAUCAACGGCCAUCGACGAGAGCUGCCUCCCGCCGGGCGGAUGGGGUCGCCGCGGCUCGCAGCCGACCCUCGGAGUCGACGGCGAAGACGGGAACCGGAAGGCCCGGCGGGACUCCCUCACGCCGGACUCGGCGGUCGGGCGCCGCGACUCCCGCACCCACCUCUCCCCGGACCGCUCGACGGAGCGCGACACCUCCCCCGGGCGGACCCGCCGCGGGAAGCUCCGCCGGCAGUCGACCUCCAUCGCCAACCGCCGCCGCGGCUCCCACUCCCCGCGGUCCCCCGAGUCCUCCUCCACGUGCUCCUCCCGCGACGCCUCCCCCUGCAAGUCCAACUGCCCCAUCGUCUCCGCGGCCGCCGCCCCCGUCAUCCGCCGCCAGUCGACGACCGAGGAGAUCCUCAUCGCCCGCGGGUUCCGCCGCCAGUCGACCACCGACGAGAUGAUCCGCUGCCGCAACUUCCGCCGCCAGAGCUCGCAGUCGGACGACGUGUGCCGGUAUCGCGGUCGGCGCGACUCCAGCGCUCAGAUCACCGAUGGAACCAUCCACACCAUGACCGUUGAGACCACUAGUACCUUCUUCGACUCCAGCACCCAGACCGAGCCAUCCCCUUUGUACCACAACAACCACUACCACGAGGAGUGUCUGAAAUGCAACUCGUGCAACAUGAACCUGACUGGGCCCAACCAGAAGAUCGCGCGCCGUUUCAAGAACCAUAUCCUCUGUGAUCUCCACUUCGCCGACGUAGCGCUCAUGGAGAGCUCCGACUUCAUGCAACAGCUACGGAGUUUCAAGCCGCAGUCGCUAGGCUGCGCUGUCGCCCGUCGGAAAAGCUCCACCACUCUCAUCUUCCCUCUACCACCACAAGCGUGUUCAGACGAGUUCUGCGAGGAGUACCCGCACAACCUGAUCCCGACGCCGGGCUACUGGAUCGAGUGCUCGCGGCAGACGAAGGCGUCGUCGGGGACGAUCUGGGACGAGUCCGAGUCGGAGCGGGACGAGGACGGCGGGCCGGGCGGCGGGGGCGGGGGCCGGGAGAGGGACGCCCGCUUCGAGGACGAGUUGGACGAGGAACCAGAGAACGGGAGCCAGAAACCCGGGCGCCGGAAAAACUCGGACCACUGCCUCCUCGAAGACGACGAGGACGAGGAAGAGGACGAUGAAGAAGAGGAAGUCCCCAGGAAAAAGACGUCGAUCGAGGAGCAGUGGGAGAAGAACGGAUGCUUCGAGCUGACCUCCGUGGAGCAGGAAACUUACGAGAAGUAUUUUUACGGCAACGAGCACUGGAACUACUUCACCAUCGACGAGGACCUAGGCCCCGUUAUCUUGAGCAUCAAACAGGAGAUGUUGAAUGGAAGAGAUCAGUUCAGGGUACUGGUGCGAGCGAUUAGCUACACGGUGCACGGGCUCAUACCAGCGUCGUGCGUGUUCGCGGAUCGCUACAACAGGGAGGAGGUGGUGCGCUCUCUCGGCAAGGAGGUGAACAUCAACCCCCCGCUCACUCUGGGCCAACUUCCCGAUACGCCCGAGGAACUGCUCAAAUUGGACCAGGUGUUCAUCAAACCUGAUCUUAAAGUCGGAGUGAUCUACGUAAAGGAGGGCCAAUACACCGAGGAGGAAAUUUUAGACAAUAAUGAAAAUAGUCCAUAUUUUUCAGAAUUUUUAAAAAUAUUAGGUGAUCAAGUAACUUUAAAAGGUUUUGAUAAGUACAAAGGAGGUCUAGACACAGUGCACGAUCUAACUGGCAGAUACUCCGUCUAUACGAAUUGGCGAGGGAUAGAAAUUAUGUUCCAUGUCUCCACUUUGUUGCCUUAUGAAAAACACGAUCCUCAAAAGCUGCAAAGGAAGCGGCAUAUAGGGAAUGAUAUUGUUUGUGUGGUAUUUCUCGAAGCGGACAACACACCUUUUUCGCCGGCCUGCAUCAAAACGCAUUUUCUCCACACGUUCAUCAUUGUUCGUACGAGCCCUCGCAUCAAGCGGAAACCGACUCGAUAUGAGGUCUCGGUGGUGACGCGGGACGAGGUGGGCGCCUACAAGCCGUACCUGUGGGAGCAGAGCGUGUUCGACAAGGGGCCGAUGUUCCGGGAGUGGCUCCUCACCAAGAUCGUCAACGGGGAGCGGGCCAGCUACUCGGCGCCCAAGUUCGCCCGCAUGCAGGAGCGCACCAGGAGCCACAUGCUCGAGGACAUCGUUGCCAACCUGGCCAACCACGCCGAGACCGGACAGAUCCCCAAACCCUACAGGCGUGGAUCGUGGCGACCCAUCGGACACAUGCGACCGUCGAGUCCGCUGCUAGACUCGGUGCGCGACCAGUUCGAGGACUACGAUCAGCUGGCCAAGGACUUCACCCGCGUCUUCCUCAACUCCGAGCCCAACAUCACCGUCAACGCCAACCUCUUCGACGUCGUCUUCAUGGUUGGCCAGAACAAGCAGCGCGCUAAGAGGCUCAUCGGUGUCCGGGCCAUCCUUGGCGUCCGCAGUCGAGUGUUCCAGGAGAUGCUGUACGGGAUCUCGACUGGUUUCGGGUCGCCGCAAGUGCCGGUGGCGGAGAUCCUGGCCCGGGCAGUGCCGUCCCUUCCGAGCCCUCAGAAGCCGAAGAGCAGCAACUACUUGCAGGUGCCGCCGAUCGAGACCCCGCGCCCGAAGAGCGUGCCCAGCUCGCCGAUGGUCAAGAGGGCUUUCUCGCGCCUCGGAACCCUCGCCGGUUGGGGCCGCUCCAUCCGCAAACCCUCCGUCGCCCUCUCCGCCGAAGACAAGAAGAAGUGGGCCUCCUCCCAAGACUGCUCCUCGAAAGAGGCUAAGGAAAAAGAGAAGGAGAAGGGUCAACCUCCGCAAUUAGCCGUGCCAAGGCUGAGCGUCUGUGCGGAUGCUCAGAAGGUGGACCGCGCUAAAAUGGCUCAAGUCGAAUUCACAGUAAUAGAAUUUGACCCGGACACGUUCCGCAUCCUGCUUGACUAUCUACACACCUCGGCGUGUUCUCUAACCUGCUCAAAUAUUCCGGGACUCAUUUGCGCCGCUGAACACUAUGAUUUACCUGAACUCCUCCAAGCUUGCUUCCACCAUGCCAAACAGUUCCUCCACAUCGAUGUUGUCUGCAAUAUGCUUUGUUCGCUCGAGAACUACUACUGGCGGUAUACAUCGGCCUCUGAGCUGGUCAAUAUGAUCAUGGCGUUUAUUGAGACUAGGGCUCACCAGGUAUUUCAUGCGCCGGAUUUCCUGAACCUCUCUGAAUCAAUGGUGCAGAUGAUAAUGUGCCGGAAUCUUGAGGUACCUGAAGUUCGCAAGUUCGAAGCCAUGCUCAACUGGGCUAAACAUAAGAUCAAGCACAAAACAUCCUCCAAAGUAGAUGCCAAAUUAGAGUUCAAAUGCAUCAUGGAGAGGCUAGCGCGGGAUCUGAAACUGUACAGAAUAUCACCACAAGAUCUGAUCAAGAUUGUGCUUCCAAGCAAAGCGAUCCGAAACGAACGGAUCCUGGAAACGUUGAUGUUCCAGGCCAACUCAGGUAUGUACAGGAUCCAGGAUGACUACCUAGAGGUGUGCCAGCGGCGUCUCCAGAAGCAGGACUCUAAGUUCAGCGAGUGGGAGUCCUUCGACUACGGCAUUUAACACCAGGCCAAGGAGACCCUCACCUAACACCUCGCGCUCGCCGCAUGUUCCUCCUCCUUCUCCCUUCGUCUACGUCCUUCUCCACUCGUUGAACUAAUUCUAAAAUUUAUUUUUGUAACGUCCCUAACUCCGUUUUCACUCCGCCAUUGAAGUGAAUUUUGCGAAAAUCCCGACCUCUCUCGUCGUGAUCGUGAACUUUGAAGGAGGGUUUCGAUAGCGAUCACUGGAAAAAAGUAUCUUGGAUCCAGAAUCUAGACUCUUAUAAAAGUUGACGAGAAAAAAUAUUCUCAAGUAAACUGAUUUUUGCUUGAACCGAAAGGAAAUCUGCUUAAAUUAAGAGGCUGGUUGCAGUAGACAUCCACACGAAUCAAUUUUUUUGUGUGCAUUGGCGGAUCCAGCAAAUUGGCAACGUUGCUUUUCUC